CACGUUGUAAGCUGCCAGUGUCCUGGUCAGUAGUCAAGUCAUCACCAUGAAGAUCCUCGCGUCCCUUGUGUUGUCAAUUCUCUCCACCGCCCCGACCUUUGUGGCCGGCGCGCCCACCACUCCUCGGUACUUUGAAAGAGCCCCCAUAACCCGUCUCAAUUUGACCAGCGCUGAGGUCCAGCGCGAGCUCGGCGCUCUGGUGUCCGACACGACCGUCAUCUUUGGCCCUGAGGACAGCCGCUUUGCCGUCGCCACCGAGAGAUGGAACAGGUUCGCCGUUCCGCAGAUCCAGGUCGUGAUUGCCCCCGGCCAAGAGUCUGAUGUGCCGACUAUUGUCAAAUACUGCAACGACAACAGCAUCCCCUUUUUGACCAUCAACCGUGGCCAUGGCAACCCCCAGAGCCUGGGCACCUUCAACGGCGUCCAGAUCAACAUGAUGAACCUCCUCCAGAUCACCAUCCAGCCCGACGGCAAAUCCGCCUGGUUCCAGGGCGGCGUCUACGGCGGUCUGGUAACCAAAUACCUCUGGGACCACGGCUACGUGACGACCACCGGCUCCUGCGACUGCGUAGGCCUAAUGGGCGCCGGCCUCGGCGGCGGCCACGGCCGGCACGAGGGUCUGUACGGCAUGGUCAGCGACAACAUCCGGCAGCUCAACGUGGUGCUCGGCAACGGCACCGCCAUCCGCGUCAAUUCCACCAGCAACAGCGACUUGCUCUGGGCCAUGAAAGGCGCAGGCCACAACUUCGGCAUCGUGACCAGCUUCGAAAUGAACAUCUUCCCCCGCGGCCCCGACACAUGGCACUACCACAACUACGUCUGGCGUGGCGACAAACUCGAGGCCCUCUUCACCGCGCUCAACGCCUUCCACAACAACGGGUCCACUCCGGUCAACAUGACGGCCAACUUCGGCAAUUUCUUCAUGAACACCACCAUCACCCCCGACGAGCCCGUCAUCUGGUGGACGUUUGCCUACCGCGGCUCCGCGGCCGACGCCGAGCGGCUUUUGGCGCCAUUCAACGCCAUCGGGUCAGUCUACGAAGAAUCCGGCGAUGUGCCCUACCCAGGCAUCUCCCACGCGCAGCAGACAGGGCUGGAGGAUUUCAUCUGCAUCCCCGGCAACAUCCGCAUCACCUCAACCGCCGGUCUGCAAGUCUACAACGUGACGGCCGAGCGGCAGAUCUUUGAAGGGUUCAAGCGCCGCGUGCGGAAGGAGCCGGAGCUGGCUGCGGGAACCGCCAUCCUGCACGAGGGGUACUCUACCGCGGCAGUGGGGACUUUUGACUCAGCCAGCUCGGCGUAUCCGUUCCGUGCGGAUCACCAUCUCAUGCUGUUUGAUGCGAUCGUGCCGCCUAACAAUAAGAAGCUGGAGAAGGCUGCUUGGAAGUGGGCGGACGAGGUUCGUGAGUUGUGGAAUAAAGGCCAGCCUGGGCGUCCGGUCGAUGCGUAUGUGAAUUAUGCGAAUGGGUUUGAGCCCUUGGAGCAGAUUUACGGCCAGGAACCCUGGCGUCUGCAGAGGCUGCGCGCGUUGAAGAGGAAGUAUGAUCCGCAGAAUCGGUUCCGGUACUAUAACCCUAUUGUGAAGGGGGAUUGA